AGUAAUUUAUUCAUGACGAGCACUGAAGCCGUCCCCCCUUCCAGUGCUGCUGCCUCGGCUGAGAUGGCCAAGAAAAGCUCAGGCGCUCUCCGACUCCGAUACGAAGUAGUAUACGUAUCUUCCGAAGAUGGUGCCCAUCCUGCUAGCGAGCUCAUGGUACCCGAGACCACCGGAGUCGGAAUGACCAGCGGCCAAGGGUGGAUAUCUAAAAGGUUCCCCGCAUACCCGCAGAUACUCAUACUUGAGCUAGAGCGACGGAGCACCAUCAAUCAAAUGCAAUUUCUUAGCCAUCAAAGCGCCAUUUCAACCAAGUUAGAAUUGUACGUGUCUGUGGAGGGCCCUCGGACGCCCUAUGACCCUCUUCGGGAUCCCGAUGGUUACGACUUUAUCGAGUCGAUACCUUUCAAACGAUUGGGUUACCUCUCCCUGGACUCCAAUGAGAAAAGUCAAUGGUUAGCUCGUGAACUCAAGUCCGUCUUUGUCGACUGCGAGGCGAAGUUCAUACAAAUCAAACUCCACAAAUGUCAUAUCAACGAACUUAAUGUCCAUUCCCAAGUGGGGUUGAUAGCUGUAAAUAUUUUGGGUACCUACAUCGACCCGCCACCCUCGCCUAAUCAUAUUCCUCCACCAAUGAUACCGGUACCGGUUGUUCACAGUAUGGAGGCGGCGGAGAUGGGGAUGGGUCAAGGCAUAGACUGGCCGCCUAUGGUGAGACCGGAAGGUGUAGGGUUCGAUCCCUGUGCUCAGCAUUUUUCUGAGGAUGCAGUGUAUCGUCCUCCUCCGUCCGCCGGGGAUUUCUCCCCUCUGGGGCCCGCGGGGGCGUUCGAUAUGGAGGCCGACCCAGAGACCCAAAAACAGAUAAAUCAGCUGCUGGCUUUGAAGCAGCGGGCAGUAGAGGUGGAGGACUAUGACGAAGCGAUGAGAUUGAAGGAUGAGAUAAUUCGCCUGCAAGGAGUAUCUCGGGCGUUGGCCGAGCUCGAGAGGAGCAAACGUAUGGCAGUCGAAGAGGAAGACUACCCCCGAGCGAAGGCUCUCAAGGAGGAAAUACACCGUCUUAGGUCCCCCACCCCCGCCCAACAAUUCUGUCGCUAUCGCCCACUCAGGACCAAUGGGGCCACUCAAUCGAUCCGUCAGCCUCCCUAUCGGCAGUCUCAGACUGCCCAUCAGGCCCGUCAAGAGUACUACCAUCAGAAUGCCCUUCAGACCCCCCUAUCUGGGGUCUCUGGUCGCAGUACCCCCCUCGAUAGCAGCAGUGCUUAUAAUGGGAGUAACUACGCUGGAGGGUCGAGUGCUGCUCGACUCAACGUCAACGUGCACGAUGAGCUACCAGCAGUCGCAGGUUAA